AUGUCGGUGUCCGAGUAUGCGGAAAAAUUUGAGGACAUGGAUGCCUACUCCAGGAAAGUUAUGUAUGUGCCAGAUGAAUUCUGGAAGAUUGACCAGUUUAUGUUUUGGCUGAAUGUUGAUGUUGCCCAUAGUGUGUCUCAAAGGGAAUUCUCCAUUUAUGCUGAGUGUUUGAGGCAAUGUUAUGUUGUCGAAAACAGUUUGAAGAGAGUUAAAGAAGAAAGGAAGCAAAACAGAUCCUUGUGUAAGGAUCAAGGGAAGUCGGGGCAAUAUCUGAAACAUCACAAUUCUCCUCUAGUUAGGAAGCAAGAUUAUGGUCAAUUUGUGAAAGAUUCCCCUACUCUGGAGACACGUGAGAAGAUUACAGGUCUUGUUUACACCUUGGAUGCGAGGAAGGCUCAAGGAAACAUAAAUCUUGUUCCUGUAGAGGCUCAAAAAGUAUGCAAGGAUUUCUCUGUUACUUUUAAUGGUCGUAGGUUCUCGAUUGAUCUUAUAUGCUUGCCACUUAAGAAGAUCGAUGUAAUACUAGGAAUGGACUGGUUGUCAGCUAACUCAGUGUAUAUCAGUUGUAAAGAAAAAGUUAUCUUCAUUCCAGUUGAGGCGACCACUCCGGUUGAUGCUAUUGGUAACCUGAUUGAAGGUACAAUUAACUUGGUCAACUUUCUUUUUACUCAAGAAAAUUCUUUUCUCUUGCUUCUCACUACGGAUUCCGGAGAUAGGAAAACUGUGUUUGAGAUUCAUGUUGUGUGUGAAUUUCCUGAUGUGUUUCCGGAAGAUGUCACUUAUCUUCCUCCAGAAAGGGAAGCUGAGUUCUCUAUUGACCUUAUUCCAGGAACCGCUCUAGUUUUUGUUGCUUUGUACAUAAUGUCUCUUGCUGAGUUGAGGGAAUUGAAGAGCCAGUUAAAAGAGUUGUUAGCGAAACACUUUGUUCGGCCUAGUGUUUCUCCAUGGGGUGAUCCUGUUAUGUUGGUUAAUAAGAAAGACGGUAGUAUGCGGUUGUGCAUUGACUAUCACCAACUAAAUAAUGUGACCAUAAGGAAUAAGUAUCCUUUACCACUGAUUGAUGACCUUCUGGGUCAUUUGAAAUGA